AUGCCACCCGAGUCGAGUUUUCAUCGGCAAAUCCUCUCCCCGCCGCGCCACGACAAGAGCCAAUACGCCGUUACGAAGUGCCGGGAAGCAUUGAGAGACCACGAAGACGACGUGUCGGCCCAGAGCUUUCGCGGCGAGAAGCACAAGGUGGUCGUGUUGGGCGAUUCAGGCGUCGGCAAAACGUCGCUCAUCUACCGGCACAAAUUCGGCGAGAUCAACGUGCCCUUCAACGCGACAAUCGGCGCCAGUUUCGUCACCUGUGACAUGGACGUUAAAGGGGAGCAGAGCCAACUGCAGAUCUGGGACACGGCCGGCCAGGAGCGAUUUCGAAGCAUGGUGCCAAUGUAUAUGCGAAACGCCGAGGCGGCCAUCCUCAUCUACGACAUCACAAAUCGCGCCUCUUUUGACGAUAUCGACCGAUGGUAUCUUGAGCUUUCCCGAAUCUGCGGUCCGACCGAGCCAAUAAUGGUGCUUGUGGGGAAUAAAGCGGAUUUGGAGGGCAGAAGAGAAGUCCUCUACGGCCAUGGCGUCACAAAAGCAUUGAAAAUGGGAGCACGAUUCUAUGAAGUAUCCAUGUAUCAUCCAAAUGCGAUCGAGCAGCUCCUAAACGACCUCGUGGUGGAUAUUCGUGGGGCUGAUGAUGGGGAAUGUUCUCGAGCAGAAACUCUAGUACUUGAGGAUGAUGAUGAAAUGAAGGUGAUCGAGCAGCGGAAGCUCUUCGGCUGCUGUAAUUUA